AUGGCACAACCCACCCCCGAGCAGAUCGAAUACUACAUGAAACAUGCCGACGAUGAUAAACGACCUAACGAAAUCGCCUCUCUUGUUUGUGGAUUGCUGGCGGCCAUCCUGGCGGUGGGAGCACGGUUCGCGGCGCGGCGCAUCUCGAGAAUCUCGCUUGGGCCGGAAGACUGGACGAUAAUGUUGGCGAUGGUAGGCGAGCUCACGUAUGCGAUUGUAUUUGCCGUAGCCAUCGACAAUGGGCAAGGAAGACACAUUAUCUUCGUCAAGGACGCGGUGUCCUUUAGCAAGGGGUACGUUGCUGCUAUUGUCAGCUACUCCUUUACCGUUAUGGUGACGAAAAUAUCAGUCCUGCUGUUCUAUUGUCGACUAUUCGGAUCGAAAUGGAUAUAUACUUCUUCCUGGAUUCUCGGAGCCAUUGUCUUUCUGUACAAUCUCGCUGUCAUCAUGAUUGCUGGGUUGCAGUGUAUUCCACUGUCGGAUCUCUGGACUGGUGGCCCAUCGUGCAUCGAUACUGAGUCUUCGUUUACCGGAUUGGCCGUUGUCAACAUAGUCACCGAUGUACUCAUUCUAGCCCUACCCGUGAAACCAGUGAUGAAUCUGAACAUGAAAUCAGCGCGCAAAGUGCAGGUCCUCGGAAUAUUCCUACUGGGCGGAGUUGUCUGCGUCUUCGGAAUCAUCCGCGCCGUAGCAAUGACCGAGCUUAGUCUGCUCGAUCCCACCUGGACGGCGGUCGGCGCAGCGAUGUGGUCCUUUGUCGAAAUCUCCGUGGGCAUUGUCGCAGCGUGUCUGCCCAUGCUUGGACCUCUUAUCCGGAAUAGAUCUGGAGCGAGCACAAACCAGUUCGCGAGCAAUGGGUACGUGCGAUCCGGGAAGUUCAGCGCCACGGUCUCGAGCAAGUCCGGGUAUAUCCAGCAGGAUGAUAUUCCUCUGACGGACGACUGGAGACAGGGUGGACGAACAGUCGCACCAGAUGAUCGGUCGUAUCAAGCCCAGGGCGGUCCGCCUGUAUCUCCGUCGUUGUCGAAACAGAACCCAAAGCGGGUGUCGGCGCAGCAGGAUGCUCAGUCUACGACGACUUUUGUUUGA